AUGGAGAGUUUGAAUAGCUACCAAGAACAGCCUUUAAGUCCUGACACCUCUCUUAAAGAGAGUGUUUCAGCACAAGAACUUGAGUCCUCACAAAACCUUCUAACUUAUCACUACCACAUAACGCCCUUUGUAUACUACCUGAUUAAAAAAUUUGGGCUGAAACCCUUACUAGUCAAAAGUCAACAGAAAGAGACCAAUAAGUUUCAAAAUGAAGAGGAAGACAAAGCACAUGAAGAGGAGAAAUGUAAGAAAUGCAAGAAGCUAAAAGGACCAUUUAGAAAAAUCAAGAGUGGUUUUAUUCGUCCGACUAAAAGCUGUCCGAAUCUGGCUCCCUAUUGAGAAGAAUGCGAAGAUACAACUGAUACUAAAAAUGCAUAUAAUGAAAAAGAUCUUUUAGAAGAUAAACAAAGCUACCUCGAAGAGGAGAAAAGAAUUAGAAAGGAAAAUUCAAUAAAUGAUCUUAAAAACUUUUAAUGAUCUUCAGAAAGAUCUCAAUUUGGAAGAUACUAGUCAGGGCAAGGACCUUAGGCAGACUGAGCAAAGAUCCAACAGCCAAUAUGCUCAGAAUAAGAUACGAAAUUUUGAAAGUACUCGAAAGGAUAUUUUUGAAAGCAUGAACUCACAAAAAGGAUUCGGGACUUCUUUUAUUCAGGAUAGUCGUAAGCCUAAGAAAAAUACGACUUUACAGAAAGAAAUAAGCCUAGAAGAAGGUUUAAGCCCUAAAACAUCCCCACCCAACCCCCUCACGAACAACGACGCCCAAGAACCCAUCUGUGACUGGUGUGGACAGUGUCACAGUGGUGGUGCUAGGAAGGAGGUAGAAUGGGAGGUUAUUGAUCCUGACUCUCAGAAGCCAAAUAUCUUUAAAAACGGAGAAGAUUGUUCUCAACAGAAAAAAGAUCUGACUGAUGAUACAUAUUAUUAUUCUCGAAGCUCUGCUUCACCCUCUGAACUAUCUGAAGAAUUAGAUGACUCUUGUGCCAAUAAAAGAUCAGAUAGUUCCUUUGAGAAUGUAGAUAGCUUAGUUAAGGGCCAAAUUUUUAAUGAUGAUUUCAACUGUUCAGAUAAUUCAUCGUCUCAAGAGAGUAAAAAUUCGUUGAAAAAGGAGAUAUCUGAGACUCCUGAGCCUAAACCGGCUCAAGAUGAAAAUGAAACUCUAGGUAGUACCUUAUUGUCAGGAACACUUACCAAUGAAGAGGACGAUCACUCUCUGCUCUUAAAUCUUUCUACAACAGAAAGUAAGAGAAACAACUAAAUGGUUUUAAAUCCAUCCCCAAAAGAAAAUUUAAGCAUGAUUUGAGCAUUUGAUAAGUAUCAGGCUCAAAUAAGCUUUACAAGAAUUACUUCCAUUAAGAGAGACAGUAUCUAAAGCCUAUAUUAUUUACGCAAAUUGGAUACAAAUCAAGCUUUAAACAAACACAAAACUUUAGUAAACUCCCUCUGGAUUUACUAAAAUAAACAUCAGUUCAGAGCCCAAGUUAUAGACCUAGUCUUAACAUACGUUGACCAAUCUCUACUAUGAGCUCUAUUUCCCAUCCUUUAGACCGUAAUUCGCUUGAAUCUACUUAAAAAGUUAUCAACUUUGAGAGUUUUACAGUAGAUAAAGUAUUUCAUUAAUUGAAAAUUGCAUCUGUAAUUUAUUUGGAUAAAUAAGGGUUGGUUUAAGAUACCAGUCUUUUUACCAUAUCUGAAAGAAAUUUGUAAUAAAGAAUCUGGUUCAUUAAUAAGCUCUCAAAUAUUCCGACUCUGUAAGGCAUUCUUUCUUGUCAAUGCUUAUAUGUUUUAAAGAAUUCUGCCAAUAAUUCAUUUAAGUGUGAGAAAAAUUGGGGCUAGAGUAGACUAUCAGACAAUGAAUAUUGGCCUUUCACAUUUUAAGGAUGACCCCUUUAAUGUUAAAAGGACAAUGGUGCAUAUGUAUUAUGAGUAUUUUGACAAUGGUGCAGAGAUUUCAGACAAUUUAAACCUUAGGGAUUUAAUGUAAACAAAAGUUUUCUACAGAGAAAAGUCGUAUAUUUAUGUCCAAAGUUGAAUUGUAUGAAAAUUUAAUCCAGAGAAUUGUCAUAAAAAACUUUUCUUCUAAAUUCAUGCUUUAAACGCUUUAAAGAUGCAGUGAAAUUGUAGAAAGUUCAGUUGAUCUCUUUUAGUUCUCAGCUAUUUUCAAGAGUUCAUGAGUGCUUAUUUAAAUCAAAGAUAUUUGGCCUCUCCAAGGUCACUCUGCAGCUUAAUAUUAUUCGAAUUGGAUGAGACCUAAUUAAUUCAGAAGCAUGAGUCAAAAAGUUUUUGGACUCGGAGAAGAAGAUAUACUUCAAAGACCAGGUAUAACUUACCGGGUGCUGCCAACAAGCCUCAACACAAGUAUGACUAAGGAUGGUAGGGGGAGUUUAUUAAGAGAGGACAAGUAGAUGGUCUAUGAAGAGAAAGAGAUUGACAAACAGAAAUAUUGAAGACAUUUUAGCAAAUCCUGUUUUAAGAAAGUAAGAGU